AUAAUUCAAGUAGGGAGGCUAGCUGAGGGCUACAUUUUGGAUAACACUGGAUGCACUUUGGAAUUUUAUGCUUUAUCAUUUGUGUCACAUUAUAAUUAUAUGCAUUUAUUUUUAUUUCAUAGUGAUUGGUUUUUGAUUUUUACUGAUUGGCAAUUUUAGAUGGUUUUGAAACAACACCUCAUUUUUUGGGGGGUAAUAUCAAAUUUUGCAUCUGUAAAACAAUAUUAUAACUAAAUCCGAUUUCUUAUUAAUAUGCAUUUGUGAAAAGCGGAGUUUUAAAUAAAGAAUAGAAAAGAAAAAACAACCGGAAGCAGUGAUCCUAUGACCGGAAGUGGAAAAACACGGAAGUGCUUUGUUUUUGUUUCAUAGUCAGCUGUCAGCUGAACAUUUAUUCUGCAGAUGUCGUUUUAAAUCUGUUAUUCAAGCAGUCAGAGGUCGCCGCCAACACACACCUGGGACCUGAGGUAGAUCAUCCUUUAUUCGUCCCGAUCGUCAUCAUGGUGGAGCCCACAGCAUCUGGCGUGUUCUGUAACAGGAUGCUGAGCAUGGUCAACUCUGAGGACGUGAACGCCAUCAUCCAGGCUCAGAGACACAUGCUUGACCGCUUUGAGAAAACCAAUGAAAUGCUGAUCAAUUUCAACGGGCUGUCUAACGUGCGACUGCAGCAGAUGAACGAGCGCUUCCUGCUCCACACACGCACUCUUGUGGAGAUGAAGAAAGAUCUGGACAGCGUCUUCAGAAGAAUCAGGACACUAAAAGGGAAGAUUUCUAAGCAGUACCCAGAAGCUUUCAGCAAUAUUCAUGAGUCACCCAUCCUGGAGGAUGACGAUGAUGAAUUUGACCCAGUUCUCCCCAGUAUUGCCACAACUAUUACAACAGCCACCUCAGAGCAGAGCACAGAGUCGUGUGACACAAGUCCAGAUGUGGUCUCACCCACAGUAAGCAGAUGUUCUGAAGAUCUCUCCCAAGAGCCACCCGACACGCCCACCUCAGAUGUCCUAGAGACGGCCGUCCUACGAGACGAGGGUCCUGACUCUGUACCUGCAGAAUAGAGCGAGCAGAUUGUGAAUGGAUUUUCAACCUUCAAACUAUUUUAGCAGGGGGUCAUGUUGUAUAUUUGAGUCUGUGUUGGCCUCUACAGUGUUUCUAGACUUUUCCAGUCAUAAAUCUGUCUGUUGAAAAGAGCAUCAUAGCCUUGAUGUUUAAUGUGGCUAUGAACUGUCCAUGAGGACACUGGGUUUUUGUUGGCAUGUCUGUUUUAUUUACAAAGCUUGCACAGCACCAAAAUAAUGCAGCUAAUACUUGAAGUUGUAUAGUAUCUCACUAUAGAUGGACUGUAAAUGUAUGACACUGACAGUGAACCUGAGCAAACGCCCUCACUCAUUGUACGAUUACAAGCCUAUUUAUUUCUGUUUUGUUUGAAGACGUGCACACAUGACUGAAGAAAGAAAUCUCUCAUGUUGUCUCUCAUGAUUUAUGUUUCUUGAAAGACAAAUGUUAGUACUCUCAUUUCUUGCGUCCUCCAUCACAGAGAAGGUUAAUUGUCAAUGAUCUGUGCGUCUGGAGCUGUCAAGGAUUCAGCAAGCGAUCCAAAGACGCAUUAGAUUGGCGAAGGCUCCUUGAUAUGAGAGCUGGAAAACCAGGUUGUGUGAGCAGAGGAUCCAGCCGCUCUUAUUAGCCAUUAAAGAUGCAGCUCUGCUGUAAAAGGGAAAGUCAAGCAUCAAGUAGACUUUUUUUUGUCAUUCCUUCAUAUUUCUACAUCUCAGUUUUAUUU